AGCAUGGGGUGAGUUGCGUAAGGUGACCAAAGGCAACUGUUACAAUGGAGGCCCCGGUCCGCGGUUCGAACGCCGCCGGUAACGCUGCGAACUCCUCGCUCUGAUGCAGCGGAUCACCGGCCUCGCUGCAUGCCGGGAGCUCGGUGGCCUCGCAGUGUGCUCACCCGGGAUCUGCGCCUGGAAGAGGGUCCCGAUCUGCUGCAAGAAGCCGGCCGUGCACCGGCAGUGGGCGGGGAUGUGUGAGCAUCCUGCGCGUCCUUUCACAGCUCAAGGCCGGAGCCUGUGCUGGCGGAGGUUCGUGUUCGCGGGUCAGAAACACAGACUGUUCAGUUCCCAGCGGGGAGCCGACGGGCAGCCCGCUAUCUCGGUAGUCGGCAUCCCGGACACGAUCACAUGGAUCCGGUGCAAAAUCAUCACGUAUUUCAUCUAUCUGCAAUUUGACUUAGACAUAAACUCUGUGGAGUUUGAAAGAGGAGUAAAGCAGGCUUUGGUCCACGUCUCCGACAUGAUGUCCAGUGGCAAAUACCACAAGCUAGUGGGAAUGGUGUCCAAUGAGAUGAUAGAUUAUGUUAAAACAAGGUGCAGGUCUCUCACCGAUGCUCAGAGACAGAAGCUCGCCGUCUCAAUGGAUGAUAUCAUUUUUAUGCUGCCGGAAGACGUGUCUGUCGUCUUUGAUCAAUAUGAUAGAACGUUCUGCUUCAUCGUCAUGAGGUUUUGGUUCCUGUCAACACACGAAGGCCCCGAUGACCCCGAGGGUACAAAGAUCUUCAACGUGGCCUCUAGUGAAGAUGGCGGCCCACAGAAGAGAAUAGUGACAGCAGUAUAUGAGUUCAAACGAGAGCUGACAAGUGGAGCCUAUCCUGACUGGAGUGUCACGACUGUUUGGCACUGGCACUGGAAAGUGGACGAGUGAUUUGAUUGACCAUUUGGCCAUUUGUCAGUAACCAGGACACAACAGGGGAGUGAAUGGCUGAAUGUACCUCUCCAUAAAGACAACUUUAAACUGGACAACUGCGAGCAGCAGAUUGAAGAACUGUGUAUCAGGAUCACAUGAAACAGGACCCAGAGCCAUUACACUGAAGCUGUGCAGACACAUGAAUACCUCAGAACUGUCUAAAUCAGGGGUCGGCAACCUUUACUAUCCAAAGAGCCAUUUUGCCCCUCUUCCACCAAAUAAGAUUUGUCUGGAGCCGCAAACACAGCUUAUAGAUUUAAUAUAUAGUUAUACUACAUUUGUUGCAUUUAUGAAAUUGCAGAAUGACAAUAAAAUAAACACACACUGGUAAGCCAGCAUUGUAUCUGUCCACGCAGAAUUAAACCAUUUUCAUCCGAAACUUAUCUUUCUUUGGUUUUAUCCAUGGUUAGCACACCGAGUUAGGCGGGGGUCUGCAACUCAAGAUAAGCCACCUGCAGGGAAAAGCACUGCGCCCGUAGACGCAGUAGAAUGUGACACAUUUUUUAGU